AUCUCAACAAAUAUGUGAUGUAUUAUACGGUCCCCACUCUCGGCACUGAAUACCUCCCGGUGUCCGCACACCAGGCCUUCCAAACCAAGGAGUUUAACAAAGACCUGGAACUGUUGGCCGGUGCGGCCCAACACGAGGGGCCGCUAGUAUUCGCCAUUGAUUACGGCUACACUCCCAGCAAUUUGACUGAAAAAAGCUUUCACGCCAUCGCACAGGCAUUUGAUAUUAAGUUUCAUAACUUAAAUGUUGACAAUAUUAUCACUUUUUACAUGUCGUCCAUCAAUAAGUCGGAUGCAGAUCAAGUCCGGCGCCAACUCUACGACCUCUACGGCGAUCUACUCAUGACAUGUCCGACACAUUAUCGGCCGAAAGUAAUGACACCGAAGUCGGGUCCAGACAUCAUGGGUGUCACUCACGGCUCGGAACUGGACUUUGUCUUCGGUUUACCACUCAUUGAUUCGCAGAAAACUGAUACAGAAGUAGACAAACAGUUUAGUCGGGAUGUCAUGAAAAUGUGGACCGAUUUUGCUAAAUAUGAUAAACCAACUGUCGAUUGGCCCAAACUUAUUGAUUAUAAAGCAAAGAAUUAUGUGCCGAAAGCCAAAGAACUCAAUUAAUACAAUCUUUGGCAUAAUUUUUACCAGUUAUUCAAUUCAAUACUAGUUAU